GGAGCAUCACAGAGGGCCUAACCCCUGGGCAUGUUUCCAGGCCCUGCCUCAGCUGGGCAAGGACAAGGGUACCCCUACUUGGCUGGGGGGAAGUGGGCAGGGGCCCCUGGGGUGGGAGGGGCCAGCCAGGCCUGGUGGCUGCCUCCAGGCUCUGUGGAAGGCAUGUGCCAGCCCACAAUCUCAGAACAAACAGGGCAGAAGCCAGGCCAGGAAAGGAGGGGACAGCUGGAUAGAGGGCAGGGAGCCGGGAAACAAAACAGACCACAGCACCUCUGCCCUGAGGUCAGGCAGCCUGGCGCCCAGGCACCAUUCAAAGGGAUGAACGUUUAAGUUCCGGCCACAGCAUAAGGACACCAAGGAGCCAGGGAGACAGGGAGAGGCUGGGACACAGCUGGGCCUAGCUUCACCAAGCCCCAUCCUGCCCGUGACAACAAAAUAGCAUGAGCUAGGCCAGAGCGGGCACACCUACAGACCCCAGGUGCCAUUAGGAGAGUGCUGGGACCCCCACGGACUCUUCCAGGGUGACUAUGUCCAGCACCGUGGGACCCUGGGGGAGAGGAUCCAGAAGGCUCGGUCUCUUUCCUAUUGGCCUCGGAGUCACGGAAGUGUCCCAGCAGAACCCCCGCCCCCCGGGAGCAGCACUUCAACAAGAUACCAGCACCCUCCCACCCCAGCCAGAUGAGGGCCUGCCACCACCCCUCGCAGCCAACUCUAUCCCCUGGAAGAGUGCAGGCCCCUGCAAAGGCUGCAGGGAGGCCCCGGGAGACCUGGUGGACGCCUGCACCAGGGAGGAGGCCCCGACUGAGGAGGGCCCUGCGGCUGCCAAGCUGGACAUGUCACGCCUGCGCAGCUCCUCCAUGGAGAUCCGCGAGAAAGGCUCGGAGUUCCUAAAGGAAGAACUGCGUAAGGCCCAGAAGGAGCUCAGGCUGAAGGACGAGGAGUGUGAGAGGCUGUCCAAGGUGCGGGAGCAGCUGGAGAGAGAGCUGGAAGAGCUGACGGCCAGUCUGUUCGAGGAAGCCCACAAGAUGGUUCGAGAAGCCAACAUGAAGCAGGCGGCAUCAGAGAAGCAGCUAAAGGAAGCUUGGGGCAAGAUCGACAUGCUACAGGCGGAGGUGACCGCCUUGAAGACACUCGUCAUCACGUCCACACCGGCCUCUCCCAACCGCGAGCUGCACCCGCAGCUGCUGAGCCCCACCAAGGCCGGGCCCCGAAAGGGCCACUCGCGUCACAAGAGCACCGGCAGCUCCCUGUGCCCGGCUGUGUGCCCCGCCAUGGGGCACAGCCUCACCACCGACAAGGAGGGCAAAGAGGUGGACACCACCCUGUUCGCGGAGUUCCAGGCCUGGCGGGAGUCGCCCACCCUGGACAAGAGCAACCCCUUUCUGGAGAGGGUGUACCGGGAGGAUGUGGGUCCCUGCCUGGACUUCACCAUGCAGGAGCUCUCGGCACUGGUGCGGACCGCUGUGGAGGACAACACACUCACCAUUGAACCUGUGGCUUUGCGCACCCUGCCUGCCAUGUCGGUGGCCCCGGUGGAGUGCGGCAGCACUAACACCUGUGCCCUAAGCGGGCUGGCCCGCACCUGCCACCACCGCAUCCGACUCGGGGACUCCGAGAGUCACUAUUACAUCUCACCCUCCUCCCGGGCCCGGAUCACAGCCGUAUGUAACUUCUUCACCUACAUCCGCUACAUCCAGCAGGGCCUGGUGCGACAGGAUGCAGAACCAAUGUUCUGGGAGAUCACAAGACUGCGGAAGGAGAUGUCGCUGGCCAAGCUUGGCUUCUUCCCUCAGGAGGCCUAGGCCCCUGCCCAGGCCUGGAGCCAGGCUCAGACCUGCAACACCUGUUCCAGGACAGACGGGCGGCAAGUCCUGGAGCCAACUCUGAGCUAGAAGCCGAAGGGAUGUACAGACAACCAGGCUGGCAGGGGCAGGGGGAGAGGGGAGCCGCCCUGAGCCAGCACCAGCUGACUGUCCUGGGACCACAGGCUUGGACUGCACGGCAUGCCUCAUCUCCUUCCCCACUGGGUUCUGCAGCCACCAGAGAAUUCCAGAAUAGCACCAAAGACCAAGGAAGGAGCUUGGAGCCAUGCUCUGGGGGCUCGGAGACCUCCGCUGCAGCCGGAAGCCCC